CAUUCCUUCCGCUCAGCUCUAGCUGAAGAGAAGACUUCGUGCAGAUGUACCUCAGCAUGGGCUGUCUGCGCGAGUCCUCUCAAUCCUAACUUUUAUCGACAGGGCGUAAUUAUACUUCGGCGAAAGAAGACGACUCAUAAAUGGACAGCGUAAUACCAUAAUUACAUUCCGAAGCGAUACGUGGUAUAAAGUCAUCUGAGAAUUCAUCUUUUUUGUUUGUUUUUUCUUGUUUUUGAACAAGAGGGAAAAUGCCUGUAGCAACACUAUUGCCGUUUACGGCGACUCCGAGUAGGAAGUCUGCCAGCCCGACAUCCUUCAGACUCACAGAGAAAUUCAUUUUACUUUUAGUUUUUAGUGGGUUUAUCACUCUCUGUUUCGGGGCAAUCUUCUUCUUGCCGGACUCGUCCAAGCUGCUUAGCGGAGUCUUCUUCCACUCGUCCUCCGUGGAAAGCGACACCCGAACGGGCACUGAUAGUGACUCCAGCAUCGGGAUGGUGGACGACAAGAUCCUCGCUAAGAUACGGAAGGACCACGAGAAGGCUCUGAUCGAAGCCAAAGAAACGCUGCAGAAACGGCCCGACGAGAUAAAGGGCGACAUUGAAAACGAAAAGGCGAAUCUUGGCAAGAAUGUCCUGGCGAAAACGGGGAAAGGCGACAGUCUCCCUGCCAUCAAAUAUAUACAGCCCCCCGGAGCAACAGGGCACGAGCCUUCGGAUCCAGACACCCGGGAGAAAAGGGCGAAGAUCAAGGAGAUGAUGAAGUUCGCCUGGGAGAAAUAUAAGCAGUUUGCCUGGGGCUCCAAUGAGCUCCGGCCUGUGUCCAAACAGAGCCACUCCAGCAAUCUGUUUGGAAACAUCCAGGGAGCGACCAUCGUGGAUGCCCUCGACACGCUGUACAUCUUGGAGAUGUACCGGGAAUUUGAGGAAGCUACAGAGUGGGUUGAGAAGAACCUGGACUUCAAUGUGAAUGGCGAGGUCUCCGUCUUCGAGGUCAACAUCCGCUUUGUCGGUGGGCUCCUCUCUGCAUACUACCUGUCUGGGAAAGAGGUAUACAGGAAGAAGGCAGUAGAGCUGGGGGAGAAACUUCUGCCAGCCUUCAAGACCCCCACUGGCAUCCCCUGGGCGCUCCUGAACAUGAAAAGUGGCGUGGGCAGGAACUGGCCCUGGGCCUCCGGAGGAAGCAGCAUCCUGGCCGAAUACGGGACGCUACACCUCGAGUUCAUGCACCUCAGCCGUCUGUCGGGGAACCCUGUGUUUGCGGAAAAGGUCAUGAACAUCCGCAGGGUGCUGAACAGGCUGGACAAGCCCCAAGGCCUCUAUCCCAACUACCUGAACCCCAACAGCGGCCAUUGGGGGCAGCAUCACGUGUCCGUGGGCGGCCUGGGGGACAGUUUCUACGAGUACCUGCUGAAGGCCUGGCUCAUGUCUGACAAGACGGACGAGGAGGGCAGGAAGCUCUAUUAUGACGCUCUGCAGGCCAUCGAGACGAACCUGAUCCGGAAGUCGAGCGGGGGGCUCACCUACAUCGCUGAGUGGAAGGGGGGACUACUAGAGCACAAGAUGGGCCACCUCACUUGCUUUGCGGGGGGCAUGUUCGCCCUAGGGGCCGACGGGGCCCCCAACGACAAGACCGGCCACCAGAUGGAGCUAGCAGCUGAGAUCGCACGCACGUGCCAUGAGUCAUACGCUCGCACCGGGCUGAAGCUGGGGCCCGAAGCGUUCCGCUUCGAUGGCGGCGUGGAGGCCAUCGCCACACGGCAGAACGAGAAGUACUACAUCCUGCGGCCCGAGGUGAUCGAAACCUACAUGUACAUGUGGCGCUUCACCCACGAUCCCAAGUACAGGGAGUGGGGCUGGGAGGCUGUACAGGCCCUGGAGCAGCACUGCAAGGUGGAGGGGGGUUACAGUGGCGUGCGUGAUGUCUACAGCACCCGGCCGAACCACGAUGAUGUGCAGCAGAGCUUCUUCCUGGCAGAGACGCUCAAGUACCUUUAUCUGCUCUUCUCGGAGGAUGACCACUUGCCCUUCGAGCAUUGGGUGUUCAACACGGAAGCCCACCCACUGCCCAUCAUCAGACGGGAGAAGACGGACAAGCCUAACCCAAUGGAGUAACCCCUCCUCCACCCCCCCCCAACAUUUCUGCCUUGCUCCCCCACCCCCCGCACCUCACUCCCUGUGGCAGACAGAGGCUCCGCCUCCAUCUACCCGCAGUGGUGCCGGACCCAUGUCCACAUUUUUCCACUCAGCGAUUGGCUGACUACACAUCAGCCCUGCCAUUUCUGCCUCCAGCACAGAGGAACAUCCGCACUCUCACGAGUGCUCGCAUAAUCACCCUACUUCAGAGGACGCAGGCUGCAUGCUGCCCGUAUCACCACUGCACCGGCCCCCGCCCCCCCCCCUCCCCUCCAGGGGGGGCACAGUGGUUAACCCUCCUCUGUGAGGAGAACUGGAUGCUUUUUCGCUGUAAAGAUUCACCGUCGCAGAAAAGCCAUACAGAAGAGAAGAGAAAGCUUUAUCAUAUUCAGAGGCGAGGCUCGUCUGUCAGUGUGCUGUCUUUGUUCCGCUCAUGUCGAUGUUACUGGGUCACUUAAAGGUCUUGCAUUGCUAAAGGAAACAUGGGGUUCUGUUUUAAUAAUGAUAUUUAAUGUUCAGCUGUUAUAUCCAGUCAGAUUAAGAUAGUGCCUUUAGUCUAAAACGGUGUGUAAAAUAAGCAGUUAUACAAAUCCUGAGCAUUUUAAUUUAUUUCUGGCAGAGUUUAUGUACGUGUAAUCGACGCUUUUGAGUUUGCCGAUGCCAUGGCCUUGACCACACUGCCAUCUGCUGGUGACAGUCGCGUGGUUCCGUCGUCGCGUGCUGGGUAGACAGGCUCUAGGCAUAUUUGAUCAAUGUCUCCCCGUAAAAUGGAUUGAGUGGACCUGUGUUAACUUCCCAUUAAAUUGACCAAAUGCAUUUAAGACCUUCCUUUUAUUUGGUCUUGGAUAUUCUACCUUUUGUGUUUUUUGUUUUUUGCUCUAUUUAGAGUAGCAGAUGAAAUACCGCAGGGUUUAUGGAAGAGGUGAAUUUUGUGAAUUAUUAUAAUGUUUUAUUAUCUUAAACCAAAUGGCUUUUCUCGGCCAUGGGGUUUCCCACAGUGACCUCCACGGAAACCGUACAGCACUUGCUUGUUGCUGAUGAGUGACUGAGUCCAUCGGCGAACGAGUCCUAUGAAUGUACCAACAAAUGUGAAGCUAAUUUGCCCUCCUUGCUUUACUUUUGUCCUCCUUUUUUUCCUGGAAAGCACAAAGCGAUGAAACGGCACGUCCGUGUAGAUCUGUACGGGAAGGAGAGGCCACCCAUGGGCUUAAAAGAAAAGAUGCAAGAAGCGUGUGAUCUGGCAUCUUCUGUCCGGGCUGGGAUCUCCUGCACGGCCACUCACCCCUUUUGCACUGGAUAAAGUACUUAUUAUAUAAUUAUUUGGUCUUAAUUGGUUUUCUUUAAUCCUCAUGGGGUACACUGCAGCUCUGCUCUCCCAGGCGUGACGCGUACAGCCUGUCCUAGACCUCCCGUCGUCGUCUCGCCUGUGCGGGUUGCGGGUGCAGGCGGGACCGCGAGCCGCGCCCUGUUCAUUGUACGGCCUGACAGAAGGCCGGGUAUCCAUGGGAUUUACGGGAAAUUCCGCAAGACUGAGCGUGCUCCCAAAGUUACAACGAAAUUAAUAAUAAACGCUGACGCCGAAUAAUUAUUUGUUCUGACUGCAGAGCUUGUUUCACAUGACAUUAGUGUUACGGUUCCCUCGCCUGCUAUGCUGUAUUGAUGCAUUAGGGGAGGACCCACAAGCGACUCGGACUGAGGGGAAACGGGCCCGGUGGUCGGUCAGCCUAAUCCAUUAGCAACGGCGUUCAUGCGUUCAGGAGCUGUGGCGUUUACUUUUGUGGAGGCGGACUGGCCUCAGCAGGAGGAGGAGCCAGUUUUAAGUGUAAAACUGGGGAUUGUAAAAGUGACACGUACAAUGGCCUGUCCUUUCCUGCGUCUUCCAGUCUGCAGACUAGAAGAUCCGCAAUGUGCCGACGGUCUUGCGUUCCAAUGCCUUUUUCCCGUGACACUCUUGUUGUUGGAUUUGUUGAGAAUAGAAACCUCAAGAAGUGACUGUACUUUACUGUAGAUAAUCAUUCCAUUGCACAUAUUUUUUUUUUUUUCAAUUUUAUGCAAUUAAUUUUAUUGGGAGACUUCUGUUUUGUUUUGUGGUUUUAAAAUGUAAAUAUUCAGUAUGGCAAGUACGCCAUUCUCUACAUUUAUAUAAAUCUAAGAACUUAUGGAAUAAAUGAUUAAUGAGCAGCAAAAUUUUUAAUAAAUUAUAUUUGUUACACUUCUAUUGGGAAUAAAAACAAAUUUCUAUA